CUAUCGAAACCACCAAUCUCUCUCUCUCUCUCUCUCUCUCUCUCUCUCUCAUGGCAGUCACCCCUCCUUGGUUCGUCAAUGUACAUUAAUGGGGAAGCCAAUGCCUCCAAGCAGCUCCGCUUCCUCAUCAGAUGACUCAUCCAAAUCGCCAAUACCACCAGCACCACCACCUCUGCCGCUACGCGGAACCUUACAACAACCAUCGGAGAAAAAGAAAAAACCAAAAGUUAUUCGCGUCUUUCGCUCGGUUUUCCGAUCUUUUCCUAUCAUAACUCCUGUAUGCAAGCUUCCAGUCCUCCAAGGGAUCUCGCUGGACGGUCAGCACCGAUACGUUUCAGGCAAUAGGGUGACCGGAACAUUAUUCGGGUAUCGUAAAGGUAGGGUUAGCUUGUCCAUACAAGAAAGUUCCAAGUGCUAUCCUUCUUUAAUCGUUGAGCUAGCUAUACAAACCAAUGUGUUGCAGAAGGAGCUAGGUUCAGGGAUGGUGAGGAUUGCCCUGGAAUGCGAAAAGAGACCUGAUAAAGACAAGGUUAGGCUAUUAGAUGAACCAUUGUGGACCAUGUUUUGCAAUGGGAAAAAGAAUGGUUAUGGAGUGAAAAGGGACCCCACAGAUGGAGAUAUCACAGUCAUGGAGAUCCUCAGGGCUGUUUCCAUGGGGGCUGGAGUUUUGCCAGGGAAUUCUGAGAUUGAGGGUCCUGAUGGGGAGCUUUCCUACAUCAGGGCCCAUUUUGAUCGGGUGGUGGGUUCCAAGGAUUCAGAGACUCUGUACAUGAUCAGCCCAGAAGGGAACAAUGGGCCUGAGCUUAGUAUAUUCUUCGUCAGGGUUUGAGACUUAAAUAACCAUAAAGAAUUUACUGUGGAUUCCAAACACUAUAAAUAUAACGAGAUUCCUAUAGUAUAUUUGUGUUUUAAAUUUAUAAUAGAUUAAAUUUAAGUAUUUUUUUUUUCUAAGGUUUUGUAUUAUUAGUGAGUGUAGAUACAGAUGAAGGGGAGGGGUUAUUAGGUAGUGCCAGUUCUAACUAAUAAUCGAGGGAAUGAUUAUCAUUCAACAUCUGAUGUUUCAGUACAGAAAUUGAUCAAAAGUGAC